GUGGUUUAUUUUAGGAGCUCACCUUCUGCCCUGUUUUACCAUCUUUUGAGGAUGUAGUUAAAAAAUCAUGUUAGUUUUUUUCCUCCUCUGAGUAAAGAGGUAAAAUUCUUUCUGAAUCUUGUUUGUGUUGCUUAUUAAUGGGGAGAGAUGAGUUUAUUUCUGGUUCAGAAAUCACAUAAUUCUAAAUGUAAUGGAGGAGUAAUUAUUUUGCUUAAUUAGUAUGUAUUGAUAUGAUAUUAUUAUGUUUCGGUUGAUUGAUAACUUGAUCAAAACAUUAUUUAGUAAACUCACAAAAUAAUCCCUCAAUGCAAUUUGAAGGAUCUCUAUAGUUUGUCACUUAAAAAAAAAAAAGAUUAGCUACAAAUAAGUCACCAUCAAAGAUUCUAUUUAUACAUAUACAUAUACAUAUAUAUAUAUAUAUAUACACAGAGAUAUCUACCCACAAGGAAGAGAGUCUAGCUAGAUUGCCUCAUUCCAUGUUUCUAUAAAUAUUCAGUAGUUGACCCUUGGAUAUGCAAUUAUAGACCUAAUCAACUACCAAUUUGACUGUACAACUCUAUUGGUACAUAAAUAUAUAGAUUGAGGACUCAGAAGAUUGUGUUAUUACACAUUGAAUUAGGAAAUACCCAAAUAUAGUUACAUAAAAUAUAUGAGAUAGUGCAUAAAAAUUAGCUUAUGGUAGAUUUGGUGAAUAAAGCAAACAUAUUAUGGGUAAUAAUUGAUUUAGAUGAGAAAAAAAGGCGACCAAGUCAAGAAAAACUAUCUUUAUCUCCAAAGGAAUAAGAAAAAAAUGGGAGUUGUUAUUUUUGGGUAAUCUUUGAUUUUUAACCAUUUUCUGUCUGGUUUUGAGUAAGCUUGGUUGGUUCAAAUCUCCAAUUAACCUCAAGCCUCACAAACACACAAAAAAUAAGGCAACUUCCUCAUUCCCUUGUUUAUUGUGACAGUUUUGGAAUUUGUCACCUUCUCUCUUCCUCCUCAUUUGCCCAGGCGUUGAAUGAAGAGGAAGAUCUAUGCAAUUCAUUAUCCCUCAAUUAACAAAAAUUCUAAUCUUAUCUUCAACUAAUCAUUACAAAAAAUCUCUUCUUUGAUCGACCCAUUUGAGAAAACAGGAAAGCAGAUAAAACCCCUUUGAGAAAACAAGAAAUCAGAUAAAACCCAUAUCUUAGAAUAUAUAAUCAAAAGCCAAGAUGAAUGACUUGUUCUCCAGUUCCUUCAAGAAAUACACAGACCUCAAGCAGCAGGCCUUUAUGGAUGACAUGGAGGCUGGUGGGGAGACAAUGAACCUCGACAAGUUCUUCGAAGAUGUCGAGAAUGUUAAAGAAGACAUGAGGACUGUUGAGAAUCUGCUGAAGAAACUACAAGAUGCCAAUGAAGAAAGCAAGACUGUCCAUAAUGCCAAGACCAUGAAGGAGCUGAGGGCCAGGAUGGACAUGGAUGUUGAGCAGGUUUUGAAGAAGGUGAAAAUGAUCAAAGGGAAGCUAGAAGCUUUGGAACGUUCCAAUGCCACCAGCAGAAACGUGCCUGGCUGUGGCCCUGGCUCGUCCACAGACCGAACCAGGACUUCUGUGGUCAGCGGAUUAGGCAAGAAACUCAAGGACUUGAUGGAUGGUUUUCAAGGAUUUCGAGCCAAAAUGCAAGCUGAGUAUAAAGAAACUGUUGAGCGGAGAUACUUCACCAUUACAGGCCAGAAAGCUGAUGAUCAGACAAUUGAGAAUCUGAUAUCAAGUGGGGAAAGUGAAAACUUUCUUCAAAAGGCAAUUCAAGAGCAAGGUAGAGGUCAGAUUCUUGACACCAUAUCAGAGAUUCAAGAAAGACAUGAUGCUGUGAAAGAGAUUGAAAAGAACCUGCUUGAGCUCCACCAAGUUUUCCUGGACAUGGCUGCUCUGGUUGAAGCUCAGGGUCACCAGCUAAAUGACAUUGAAAGUCAUGUUGCUCAUGCCAAUUCUUUUGUCCGGAGAGGGACUGAGAAUCUUCAGGAAGCAAGAGAAUACCAGAAGGCCUCCAGGAAAUGGACGUUUAUAGCUAUCAUUCUGGUUAUUGUCCUCAUCAUUGUACUUCUAUUACCACUCUUACCAUCAAUUUUGGCUGUCUUGUAGGAAGAUGAAGAAGAAGAAAAAGAAGAAGAACAGUGGCAAAAGAAAAAAAGAAGGAGGAGAAGGAAAACUUUUUUCUGAGAAUUUUUUUCUAGGAAAAAUACUUUUCUUUCUCAUUUAACUCAAACUCGUAUUCUGAUUCUUACCCAUUAGCAAAAUUAGACCUUUCUUGUUUCCUCUCCCGGGUAGCAAAUUUUUCAAUGUUGUGCAGCAAUGAUGAGAGAGAUUUCUUGUUUGAUUCGACUCCAGAGGACCAAGAAAAGGAAAGUGAAAA